AUGCAGGAGAGACAUGAACAAUGGAUGGCUCAUCAUGGACAGGUGUACAAGGACGCCGCCGAGAAAGAGCGGCGUUUUGUUAUCUUCAAGAACAACGUCGAAUUCAUUGAGUCCUUCAACAAGGCCGCGGAUAAACCAUACAAGCUAGGAAUCAAUGGGUUCACCGACCUAACGAACAAAGAGUUCCAGCCCUUCGGGAAUGGAUACAAGCGCCUGUCCUCCCCGAAGCCGUCCUCGACCGCUAAGCCCUUCAGAUACGGAAACGUCAGCGCAGUUCCAUCGAGCAUGGAUUGGAGGAAGAAAGGAGCCGUCACGCCCGUUAAAGACCAAGGCCAAUGUGCCGGCGACACUUGCAAUGCUCCUAAAGAGGCCUCUCAUGCCGCGACAAUCAGCAGAUACGAAGACAUUCCUCCCAACUGCGAGUCUGCCCUUAGGAAGGCGGUGGCUCCCCAACCAGUAUCCGUCACCAUCGAUGCGGGCGAACCUGCUUUCAAGUUUUUCUCGAGUCGUGCCUUCACCGAAGACUGCAGAACCAAUUUGGACCAUGUGGUCACCAUGGUCUGGUAUGGAAUGAGUGAGACCGGAAUUAAGUAUUGA